AUGAAAGAUUGGCGAGAAACGCUAGAUGAUAGGGAAGCUGUGAAGUGUCUCGUUGAUGGACCUGCAAGCAGUGAUAUGCCGCAGGAUGAAAAGUGUAGCAUACGAUCGUUAUGCAUGCACGAUAUGGAUAUUGUCAAGACAAUUUGCCUCGAAUCUUUUCCUAUACAAUAUCCGGACUGCUGGUUUGAGGAAGUAUUGAAUGGUAAAUUGAUUAGUUUCGGAAUCAUUUAUGAAGGUGCACUUGUUGCUCUUCUUGUCGCUGAACUCAAGAUCUUAUCGCAGUGCAAUGCUGAGGAUCGCGAUCUUUUAUCGGGUAAUUGUUUACCUGUGGUAUACAUAUUAAGCGUUGCCGUACGUCCUCCUUAUCGUCGACGUGGUUUCGCUUCACGUUUGCUCGAUCAUCUUAUGUUCAUGGUAGUGCAACGGCCACCGUACCCCAAAGCUGUCUAUUUGCAUGUAUUAGCUACAAAUUACGGCGCCAUAAAUUUCUACAAAAAACGUGGUUUUUGCCACCACACUACGCUUUUGAACUAUUAUCGCAUUAAUGAUACAUUCGGUGAUGGCUUAACAUUUGUACUCUACGCCAAUGGCGCAUGCGCACCAUGGUCCGUUUAUGAACUCUGCUCACUGUUUUCUGCUAUUCUUUGCUUUCCACUAAGGAUUAUUCUCAAAAUGAAGUACAUCUUGGAUAUGGAUGGAGACAUAUUCGAACAGCCACUGACAGCUGAAUCAUUGCAGCAAAUUUUAGCUUUUUUAAAGAAAAAUGGUUUGACGGAAUCUGAAGAAGCUUUAUCAAGAGAAGCUGCAACCGUUUUGCAUAUUUCAAAAGAUGGUGCAGAUGGUGACAUUAGCAAUGAUGCUAUCAUGCGCGAAUUCUCGACGCUUCUAGGACAUAUUGAUUCUUCCUUUGAUAAUUUCCGGGCAGAAUUGUCCGCUUUAAUAUUUCCGGUAUUUGCUCAUUUAUAUUUACAGCUUAUUGCUGAAGGACGCAGUUUGCAAGCGGUUUUAUUUAGCGAAAAAUUUUGUCGACGUAUACCCUCGAUGUACGAAGAACAGGCAAAAUUGCUUACCCGCAUUUCUACUCAUAGUCAGGCCGCUAAUCAUACACUGGUUCAGGCUCUAACGAAGAACCAGUUUGUUGUUCGCAUAUCAAAAUCAGCGAUCAAGCAACUGGAACCUUUCUUAACCCGGAAUAGCAUUGUUCGGGAUGUGAUGCGAGACCACUUGCACAUUGAAGGUGGUUUUUUAAUACUCGAGGAUCCACGGAUUUCAGCUUUUCACUCAUACUUUACAUUUUCUUUUGGCAUACUUGAAAUGGAGCGUCCUGAUCAUGCAAUUGAUGGUUCGCGGACAAAGUCAGCUACAGAAGCAGGCCUAGGAGGUAUUCUUGGUCAAGUUAGCAAGCAAGAAAGACGCCAUAAAAUGUUUUAUGGAACAAUUAAAGAAGAUUUUUCAACGCAACUAGGCCUUGAAAAAAAACGGCAAAAAAUUAAAGAAAGAAGUGAUAGCAAAAAAAAGGAUGCAAAUGGACCUACGCCUGAUCGAAUACCUUUACCAGCAGCCACUGAAAAGAAGUAUAUUAAAGAAUCGGGUAAAAAAAUGCGCAUUUCUGUUGACACACCACCAUCCGUGUGUCUUUACACUGUGCUCAACUCUCCUGGUGGUCUUACAGCAUCUGAUAUUGCUGAAGACAGUGGAGCUUUGGCGUUGGGUUUUGGAAAUUCUAGGAUACAGGUUCAUGCACUAAAUGAGGAGAAAUUUCGGCCAUACAAAAAAAUCGAUCAGUUGGAACUAAUAGAGCAAGAAUCUGAAGAUGCACUGGAUCAGGUUUACGAUGAUACAGAAGCGUCGACAUCGCUUACCUUUCAGGGUCACAGCGGACCAGUUUAUUCGUUAUCAUUUUCUCCCGAUAAACGCCUAUUACUCUCAUCAUCACGUGAUGGAACAGUUCGUUUGUGGAGUCUCGCCGUUCGUAGUAAUGUUGUGGUAUAUAAGCAUGCUGCGCCAGUUUGGGAGGUGCAAUUUUGCCCACGUUCUUAUUAUUUCGCGACUGGUAGUGCCGAUGGCGCUGCGAUGCUGUGGACAACCGAUCGUUUGCAACCGUUGCGCAUUUUCUCAGAUGCAUUGUCAGAUGUCACCUGUAUCGAUUUCCAUCCAAAUUGCAAUUAUUUCGCAGGUGGUAGUGAUGAUCGUUACGUACGUAUUUGGGAUGUAUUAUCUGGGACAUGUGUACGGUGCUUCGCGGGUCAUAAAGGAUCUAUAAGAGGAUUAAAGAUCUCGCCCUGCGGUCGGUAUCUUGCAUCAUUAGGAAGUGAAGGAUCACUCGUUAUCUGGGAUAUGGCAUUGCAAAAGAUGGUUUGCAUGCAGGACGUUCCUGCACUUCCAUGCCAGGCACCAGUAGAGUUUUCACGUGAUGGAGCUGCCUUAGCCAUUGCACGAGCCGACUUAGCAUUGUCAUUUUAUUCUGUGGAUACGGUUACGGCUCAUUCCAGUUCACAGGAUCAUUUAAAUAAUGAUCCAAAGAUAAAUCCCAGCUGUUUUCAUCUCUACUCAUAUGCUACCAAAAAUACAUCAAUUGUCGACUUGCAUUUCACGCGCCGCAAUUUGGUUCUGGCUGUGGGUGCUUAUAGACAGUAA